UAAAAAGACAAUAAAUAAGGUCCGACUCCCAAUUCUCCCAAAACACUGGUCCUUGACUAAUGCCCUUGACCUUUAACCCCUACAUCCAACAGUCAUUUUUUGUUCUCAUUCAAAGCAGGAACUCAUCUCACCCGUCCGAUCAUUCCAUAAUUAGCCCUUUUGUCUUCCCCUCCUUUCUCUUCUACUCCUUCAUAAGCCCUUCACUUCACUGCUUCUCUCUUUCCUUCUCUGGAAAGCCGCUUCUCUACCGUACUAAAAAGCGGUUUUCCGGUCACUUCAGAUCGGGUCUAUCGGUUACGUAUCGGCCUCGAUCCAUCGCUUUUAGGCGUUAACUUGGGCUUUUAUUGAUCGAUAAUGGCCACUGGAACGGAACUCGAGAAACCUGAAUCUGUCCCUACAGGAUUGAAGGCAGAGCCCGUUAGGAAAUUGUCUGGGCAUGGUGUGGCUUCUGGAAAAGAUGGAAUACCAUCUCACGCCAAAGUUGAAGUAGAUGGUAAUUCUUGCAUCAAAGGGGAGGCUGACCAAGAGUCAGUUGGAGAGCACAGUGUUUGCAAUCCACCUACCAGUAGUUACAAUUAUUACUACCCAGAACUCUUUGUUGCAGGAUAUAGCGUUCCCUUCUCACAAUUGGAUGAUCAUGGUUACUUUCAAGCAGAUGGAUCUCAUAUGGGAAUACAAUCAGACAACGGAUCACUAGUCUAUUAUUUACCUGGCUAUAAUCCAUAUGCUUCUGGCGCUGUAGUUGGGGUAGAUGGGCAAAGUGUUUGUCAACAACCAUAUUUUUCUUCACCUGGUUACCUUUCGCAUCCUGUUUCUUAUGGAUCAGAAACCAUGCCUUGUUAUUCAUGGGAUUCGACCUAUAGUGGAGAUGUCUCAAAUGGCAAUGCUGGUUCUGCAAAUGGAAAAUAUAGUUCAGGACCUAUUUCUUCUCAGUCCAAUGGUUUGAACUCUAAGAAGUCAAAUGACAACAUUGGUGGCAAAUCUUCUAAUGCAUACUCGCAACCAACUACACCUUUAAACAAGAUGUCUACAUUUGGUUCUGAUUUCUCAUCAGGCCUCUUGAAGGGAUACAAUCCUGUAGGAAAUUUGUCUUCAUAUUCUACCCGAAAACAAGGUCCAUUUCUGCAUAAUGGUCCUAUGAACUAUAGGCAGAAUGGAAGGAUAUGGAAUGGAAAUGAUAGAAAUAAAUCAAGAGAUAGAUUCUAUAAAAAGAGUGAUUUUGAAACAUCAACUGAAUUAACUUGCGGUCCUAGGGCCUCUAACAAAAGUUCUCCGCUGGACACUGCUGUCAAGGAAGACUUGCGAAUCACUGUACAAAAGGAUCAGUAUAACCAACCCGAUUUUGAAACUGAGUACACAAAUGCUAAGUUCUAUGUCAUCAAAUCUUACAAUGAAGAUGACAUUCAUAAGAGCAUUAAAUAUGAUGUAUGGGCUAGUACUCCAAAUGGCAAUAAGAAGCUAGAUGCAGCAUUCCGCGAUGCAGAACAGAGAUCAGAUGAAACUGGCUCAAAAUGUCCAAUUUUUCUCUUUUUCUCGGUUAAUGGAAGUGGACAGUUUGUUGGGAUCGCUGAGAUGGUUGGGCAGGUUGAUUUCGAUAAAGAUAUGGACUUUUGGCAACUUGACAAGUGGAAUGGUUUCUUCCCAGUUAAAUGGCAUGUCAUAAAAGACAUUCCUAACAGCCACCUGAGGCAUAUCAUCCUAGAAAAUAAUGAAAGGAGGCCUGUAACUUUUAGUAGAGACACUCAAGAGAUUGGACUUAAGCAAGGUUUGGAAAUGCUGAAUAUAUUUAAGAGUUAUUCAGUUAAGUCAUCAUUGUUAGACGACUUCAAUUUCUAUGAAAAUCGAGAGAAGACUCUACACACUAAGAAGAUCAAUAAGCCUGCAAGUCUGCGAAUGGAAAUAGAAAAAAAUGAUGAUUUUAUGCAUACAAGAGCAGGAGAUAGGAAACCUGAUGGUGAUUUGAGUAUCAAGAAAACCACUAAUCCCCCGCCUGUCAGUCUAAUGAAGAAUCUGUCUCUCCAUGGCUACAACCCAAAGAGUGAUUCUGUAAAGAAGCCAAUAGAAAAUUCAAUCCCUGUUGUUCCUGCAACAUAGGCAAUUUAGAUCCUUUUUAUUUUAUUUUUAUUUGCAAUGAUAUAGAUCUUGAGGAGUUCUCCUUUUA